AAUUAGCAAUAUCAAUUUAUAUAUUCAUAUUGGACACUAUGAUGAUGAUGAUGAGUAUGAUCCCAUAACAACCAAUUUGGAUUUGAUAUUGAUUUAUACAGUCUGUCUCUCCAUUCCAUUCCUAUGCACAAUGUCUACAAUCUUGUCUAUAUCCUCUCCAUAGAAUUCAUCAUUUCAUUAUUAUAUUAACAACCCAACAUCAACAACAUCGUCAUUCAUUCCUCUCCUUUAUCUCCUAUCUCUAUUCUCUAAUAUUUAUAUUACAUACUCAACCACAACAAACAAUGCUUAAAUCCCAAUUCAUCAAAUUCACCCCCUUUUUUCCUUAUAAACCCUCUUUUUCUUCUCUUUCAAUUUCCACUACAAUUAAGCUCAAAUCACAAAUGGCUUCUUACUCUACUUCUUCCUCUUCUUCUAAACUCUUGUUUCGUCAGCUUUUUGAAAAGGAAUCAUCUACUUAUACGUACCUUCUUGCUGAUGCUUCACAUGCUGAAAAACCAGCAGUUUUGAUUGACCCUGUUGAUAGGACAGUAGAUAGAGACUUAUCACUAAUUCAAGAAUUGGGUUUGAAGCUUGUGUAUGCUAUGAACACACAUGUACAUGCUGAUCAUGUUACUGGAACUGGCCUCAUCAAGAGCAAAGUUCCUGAUGUAAAAUCUGUUAUUUCAAAAGCAAGUGGUGCAACAGCAGAUCUUUACGUAGAACAAGGUGAUAAAAUCCGUUUUGGUGAUCUUUUUCUAGAGGUUCGUGCAACUCCCGGUCAUACCUUAGGUUGCCUUACCUAUGUUACAGGAGAUGGACCUGACCAACCUCAACCUCGAAUGGCAUUCACCGGAGAUACCCUAUUAAUACGCGGAUGCGGAAGGACAGAUUUUCAGGGUGGGAGUGCAGAGAAGCUUUACAAAUCAAUCCAUUCACAGAUUUUUACUCUGCCUAAAGAUACCUUACUCUAUCCAGCUCAUGACUACAAAGGAUUCUCUGUAAGCACAGUUGGAGAGGAGAUGCAGUAUAAUCCGCGCUUAACAAAGGACGAGGAAACUUUCAAGAACAUCAUGGCAAAUCUUAACUUGUCAUACCCAAAAAUGAUCGACGUAGCUGUUCCGGCUAAUAUGGUUUGUGGGUCCAAUCCAAAACAAGCUGAGCUUUCAACAUUCUUGUCCGAUAGUCACAUGGCGAUGUUGUUUAACAUGGAGGCAUUGCUAGUAAAGAAAAAAAUAUAAUGUUAAUUGUCCUUUGUGUUGAAUAGAAAAAUGAAGAUUGUAAAUAAAUAAAUUGAUGAUUAUUGGCCUAAAUAUAUGCUCUGUGUUCUGUUCUAUUUUUUA